CACUCACACACACGCACAGACACGCACACCGUGGCUGGCGGAACCAAUUACAUCCCCUCUUGUUGGUGGUGUACAUGCCAAAUGAGCACCCGCACAAUCGCGCUCCACUGACUCUCCCCCCGCGUGGAUCUCCGGCUCGUGUUCAGACCGCAAAAGUAUCCAGAAACAGCCACACGGCGUAGUUUCGCUGCCAGAGGGGAGGGGGACUGUUUCUGCUCCUGUCGGUCGGUCUGCGCCCCGCUCGCUGCUAGCCCACCUUUGACAUAAACACGGCUGAGAGCAAAUGGCAGAGCAGGAGGAGCAGCCGAUAGCUGGCCGCUCGCUGACGGGACAAGCGGUGGCUCUUGCCCGGCUACUGCACCAUGAGUGUACCAGUUUGCUCCGGCUAUACACGGAGAGGGAGACCUUCCUGUCCAGCUACACCCCAGAUGGGAAGCGCCUCGUGUCCCCGUCCCCAGAAUCUGAGGAACCCAGCACGGAGGAGCAGGUGCAGUUGCUGCACUCUGCUCUGCGGCAGUGCCUUGGGCUGCUCCACCGUGUUAUCCAGAAGGAAGAAGAGGAAUGGGGCAAGCUGGAGGAUGAGUACGAGUCCAUGAGGAAGAGCGUGCAAGCCCGACUGGAACACUUGCUCUACAGCACCAAAGGUUUGGUGCAGACCGACGGCACAAACCUGGAGGUUACCCCUGAUAAUCAGUGUAAUGAGGAAACCGACGGCUCUGGGGGAGUUUUCGGGUUCAAACUCUGGACCUAUCGAGUGCUGCUGGAGCUGAUCCACUGGUCUGAUCAUGCCGCGAAAACUCUCCAUGUGUUGCACACGGAGAGAGAAGGAGCAGAGGAGGCCUAAAUUCCCUAGUUAGAGUCGAUCAGCAUCUACGAACGAGCUUAUUCAGCAGCCAGCUUUCCCCUUGAUGUAUUCCAAAUUCAAAAUUGUAAGAUGAUGUGGAAUAUACUCUGUGAACACUCAAGUAAAAUCCCAGCUAAGCUCCUUUAGCAAAGUAAACAGCUUUUCCUAGGCAUUAGUAUUUCCACAGCAAGCGCUAAAGAGCCCUCUGGUUUGCCACAGUUGUCGGUUCUUUGGACAAGAAAAAAAAAAGAGUGUGCAGACUUUACACUUUACAGUUUGCUUUGUGCAGUGGCAUUUAAGAAUGUUUGAAAGUGACUUUUUUGUGUAUGCUGUGUAUAAUUUAUUUUAUUUAAGUGGAUUUACCUUUGAUGACUAAGUACCUGCUGUUCUUAACACUCCAAAAUCUGACUGCUACACUAACACCAUAAAAACACGACUGUUAAACUGUGACUGACAUGCAGCUAAAUAUGUAGCCAUUUACUAAUUUAAACAGCUUUUCUUCAUGUACCACGUUACUAACAUAUCUAAUGAUUCCAAAUUAGAUUUCAUGUUGUCGUGUAUAGGCUGGCCGAUCGGAUGUUUAUGGGGCUGGCACAGUCUGUGAUGAUCAAGUGUCAUGUUUUGCUGCUCUGGUCGCCAGGUUCUCUCCUGUUGCUAUACUUGAAUUUGCUGCUACACUGUUCACAAGUUGGAACUAUUAGACCAGUGGUUCUAAAACUUUUUUUUUUUUUUUUCUCUCCGGGCCCUCUGAUGGAUAUUUUACAGUUGGGCCGUACUGUCUGUAACCAAAAAUAUAAACAUUCUGAAACGCAGCGAUUUCACUGUCGUUUAAGAUGCCUGACACAGUAUACGCUCAAGCAGUGAAUGAGCUGUGACUUCCACACUUGCCCGUAUGGUGAAUAUCCGAUGACCAUGCUUUUCUUUUAUGUCUGUGAUGAAUAACUGGAUGUGUAUUGAAGAUUAAAAGCUCAUCUUAAUCUUUG